GUCUGGCUUUUGCGGGAGCCCAGUGCUGCUUCGAUGAGCCCAGCCGCAUCAACAUCGAGGUGUUGUCCGUGAUCGCCCAGCAGCUGAGGGUCCCGUUCGGUGACUGGGAGACAUAUUUUGUGGAAAAAAAGCAUGAUCACGAGCGGUCUUGCAACGGGCCUUUUGAAGCGACCUUGACAGGCUGGGUCAUGAAGCCAACGUUCAACGUGUUCAUCACCCUGAACCCGGGCCAUUUGCAUCUAAUCACGAGUCUUGUGAAACUGAAGGUCUUAAGGCACGGUGCUUGGGCUUUCGAGGUUUCUUGCUGCAGUGCGGAUGCACAUCCAGAGGCCGUGAUGGUGCCGGAUUAUGCCAGGUUCGGUUUCGGAUUUGCGGAGGCAAAGAUCCUGAUGGAAGAAGAUGGCAGGGGGCCUCAAAGCGAAAGCUUGGCUGUGUCGCUGUCUCCGGACCUCGUGCGCUGUUGUCUUUUUGCAAUCGAUGGUGGGCCACCAGCUCCUGGAGGAUCACAAGGGGAUCAGGGCAUGGCGAACGCACCGGACGUGCCAUGCGGUCCAGCGCGCUUUGC